AAAAAAUCCACCCAAUUUUUAUAGUCUUAAGAAAGAAGAACGAAAGCAGAAAAGUCACACUUUCCUCCCUUCUUCCUCCUUUGGGCUCUGGCCGGUGCUCUCCCCCUUUAUAAGAGCCGCCCUUUCUCUCUCUCUACUACCCAAAUUAUAUCUCCCAACAUCAAAAUAAUCUCAUUCUUAAUCAAUAAUCAAUCGUCAAAUAAAUUCCUCUCUGUAUUUUUUUAAUUAUUUUCCAAUUAUUGUUAUGGGUAUGGAUAUUGAACUCGUGUCGAACUCUGCCUCGAACUCACUCGAAAUCGCCGCGUCCGGCGACGUAACGAGCUUCCAACUCGCUGUUGACUCAGGUAAGGUUUCGAUUGAUGAAGUGGAUCUUUGGUAUACUCGUCGAAUUGGAUCUAAUCAAAUGGCGUAUGAGGAGCGAACUCCUCUUAUGGUUGCCGCUCAAUAUGGAAGCACUCAAAUUGUUGAUUUUAUACUCCAAUCGGGUGGUGUUGAUGUUAACCGAGUUUCCGGGUCUGACCGAGUCACCGCCCUUCACUGUGCUGUUGCUGGUGGUUCUCACUCCUCUGGUGCCGUCGUCCAACGCCUUAUCUCCGCUUCUGCUAACAUCAAUAUCAUUGAUGCUAACGGGAAUAAAGCAUCUGAUUUAAUUUCAAUGUUCUCAAGAGUACCCUCUAAGAACAGCAACAAGCAGCUUGAUAUUCUGCUAAAAUCUGGGUAUUCCGAUUCCGAUUCCAGCUCCAUUUCCGGUUUCAGUUCCGAUUCUGAGACCGAGUCAAAGAAGGAGUUCUCAGUUUCAGAACUCCCAGACAUAAACAACGGUGUCUAUGGGAGUGAUGAUUUUAGAAUGUAUUGUUUCAAGAUCAAACCCUGCUCUAGAGCAUACACUCAUGAUUGGACAGAGUGCCCCUUUGCCCACCCAGGGGAGAAUGCAAGGAGAAGAGACCCAAAGAAGUACCAAUACACUUGUGUGCCAUGCCCAGAGUUCAAAAAGGGGAGCUGCAAGAAGGGAGAGGAGUGUGAGUUUGCUCAUGGUGUGUUCGAGUCGUGGCUACAUCCCGCUCAGUAUAGAACCCGUUUGUGUAAGGAUGAGAUUGGUUGUGCUAGAAAGGUUUGCUUCUUUGCCCACAAGAGGGAGGAGUUGCGCCCGGUUUAUGCUUCAACUGGUUCAGCAAUUCCAGAUGUGAGUGUGUCAUCUCCUGGUGGGUUUAGUAAUGCAUCAUCAACUCCUCCGAUGUCCCCUUCAUAUGCUCCUCUUUCGCCUGGAAACGGAGCAUCACCCGGUGCAGGAGGGAUGUAUCAAGGGAAGUCGUCUAAUUUUGGUGCUUCACCUCCUAACUUGCAACUACCAGGGAGUAGAUUAAGGUCUAGCUUUAGUGCUAGAGAUGUAGAGUUGGAAAGAGAGCUCAUCAAAUUAGAAACGCAGCUCAUGAAUCAACAACAUCAGCAGUACCAAGACUACCAACAACACCAGCAACAGCAACACCAACAUCAGCAACAGCAGCACCAACAAGUUCUUUCCCCUAGGCCGUCUCCUAGGUGGAACAACAACAACAACAACAACAACAACAACAACAUGGGAAGAGUUAGUGACAUGAUGCCUGGUAGUAAUCUGGAAUCAGCUUUUGCUUCAAUCAACGUAUCCAGGAAGAUGUCACCUCCGAGUGUUUUGGAUUCACCACUGAGGAAGUUGUCACCUCCGAGGGGUUUGGACUCCCCAAAGUCAAUGGCUGCAGCAAUGCUCAACUCACGAGCUGCUGCCUUUGUUAAGAGGAGUCAGAGCUUCAUUGAUAGGUCGGCAACAAUGGGUGCGAAUAUGUCGAGCCCCAUGUCUGAUUGGGGCUCGCCAAAUGGAAAAUUAGACUGGGGGAUCCAUGGAGAAGAGCUGAACAAGCUAAGGAAGUCCAACUCCUUUGGUUUCCGAGGUGCCAAUAAUAACAAUAAUGCCACUAGAACAUCCCCACCCGGCUUCAAUCAACCAGACGUUUCUUGGGUGAAUUCUUUGGUUAAGGACGAGGCAGGUGCCGGGUAUUUGGGAGCAAGGUCACCGAGUUAUGGCCGGAAUGGUGCAGGAAAUGGUGUUCAAGUUCAGGACAUGUGUUUACCAUGGGAGCAAUUGUAUAUAGAAGAGCAGCUGGUUGCUUAACUGAAAGGAGGAUUUUUAGGCCUAUGCUAACUAAACUAUUCAAUUCUAUUAUUUGAAUUUGUUGUUACAUAAUAUUGUAGUAUAUGUUGAGGAUUAGGGGAGAACAAAUCGAUCGAGAAAGAUCAGAGUGAAAGAAUUUAAACAGAUUUUUUCGCGGUCUGAUUGUAUAGUAGUACGGAGUAGUAAGCAAAAUCAAUUCAUUCCAUUGUUUUCUUUUAGAAUAAGGAUAUUUUAUCUCUUGUAGGAUUAUUCUUUUCCUUUCUCAAGGAAUUUGCUAUUUUAUUAUUAUAUUGUUCUCUACAAAUCGAUGUUUAUAAUUGUUAAAUAUAUAAACACAUUGAUUUACAUAAA